AUGGCGCCACUUUUAGGCUUGAUUACAGUCGGGUUUAUUGGAAUUCCAGAUUGGAACAUGAACACAAGAGAUAGCAUUCACUAUCUGAAGAUUAAUGCCAAAAUCAACAAGGUUGAUGAUCGAAUAUCUUCAUACAACAUGGAUGCUAGAAAGUUCAUAUCCCAGCUGAUGGAAGUGCCAAAUUCUGAGCAUAAAAUAGAAAAUGAUGUUGCCAUUUCUGACACAUCUUACACAUGCAAGAUACAAGACACUACUGAAUCAAAUUCAGAAACUGAGUUGCUAAGAGUUGAUACAAAAGACCUGGGAGACUGCUCUAACACUAACACUAACACUACUUUAGAGGAUAUUAAAGGUCCAGCAGGGCAUACUGCUAAGUCCGCAAUUGCUGUCAAAAGAUCUUGCAGUAGUUCUGAUGAAGGUAUUCUACAGGCUACAAUGACACAUCAGGCUGCCAUGACAAGGAAUGGAAAGGCUCAUGCAACCGACAUCCUCGAAGGUGGUGGCAAAAAAGGAAACACAAACAAGAAAAGAAGAGGGUUUGAUAUCUCUGUCGCAAAAACUUGGGAACAUUUUGACCAUGUAAUAAUGAAUCUACCAGCAUCUGCUGUUCAGUUUUUAGAUGCAUUCAGGGGAUUGAUCCAGAGGAAAUAUUGGAAAGGACAUCUACCAUGGAUCCACUGCUAUUGCUUCAUUAGGGCAACCGAAACUCCUGAAUCUAUAAUAGCUGUGGCAGAAUCUGCUUUAAAUGCUUCUAUACUAGAUUCAAAAUUUCGUAGGGUUAGGGAUGUAGCUCCAAACAAGGCAAUGUUUUGUUUAAGCUUCAGGUUGCCAGAAGCUUGCCUUUGUGAAGAUAGUCCAUAA